AUGGCUCGUUUCUUACUACUGUUUUGUUUAAUGUUUAUAUUUGAAAAAGCCGUAGCUGGAUUAAAACUAAAUAUUGUCAGUGACGGCCCAACUGUACGUGGGGCCAAUGUAACAUUUACAGCAACAGUAAAGGGCUAUGAAGGGGAAAAUCUCAAAUAUGUCUUUUGGGAUAAUGCUCAACCCCAACAUACUGCUGAGUACAUAUUGUCAACAAAUACAUCUAAAUGGAUUGUUGAGUAUCCUCGAGAUCUAUAUGAGGCUGGAGAAUACACUGCCCAUGUAAAACUUAUGAAGAGUUUCUAUGGGAUAUGGUAUUUGGUCACUACAUCAAGUACAACUUUUGAAUUAACUGAUACACUAAACGGUAAUUUAGUACUUAACCAGAAUAAUUUAGACAGACCAAAUAAGUUUGUAAUUGUAAAUAAAACAGCGCUUCAUUACAUAAGAUUGCCAGAAAAUGAGCUUCAAUUCCUUAAAAAUAAUGCUUCAACAGUGAUCACUUAUUGGUUCAUAGAUUGUCAGUAUAUAGAUCAGACUACAGACUUUGCUCUAAACUAUACAUAUCAGGAUGUAAUGGGUGACCACUACAUUGAUGCAUUGGUUGUUGCCAAUAAUCAGCCAUUGCCACCGAUUACAACAACCACGACCACAACUACUACAACGACAACAACAACUACUACUACUACAACAACAACAACUACUACUACUACAACGACACCAAGUACUACAACAUCAACAUCAACAACGACUCCUAAACCGUCUACUGUUGUACCUUCAAGUACGAUAGCACCAAACACUGUUAAAGAAUUAGAAACUAAUGAAAACGGUACUCAUUCAAUUUCGAAGAGAGCCCUGUCCAAUAAAACGUUGAAAAAGAAGAAUGCAAUCAAAGAUUUUAUAUGUCAUAAUUCUAGUAUUGUACCCAUUGGAGAAACUUACACAUAUGGUCACUAUCAGGAAACUAUCAGCGUUAGAGAAUCUAUAUCAGUCGUAAAUAUAACAGGACUAAACUGGCUCCAACAUGGAGACUUACUCAACUUGCAAGUGAAGUAUUCUGGAUCACCGCCGUUCGACUAUUGCGCUAUAUACAAACUUGGACAAUAUAAUGUGACGGGAAAUGAGACUUGUUCUUUCAACACAAGAACAAUGUCAAAUAUUUUUCCUUUAGUUCACUAUUUUUCUGAUAGCGAACAGCACACUGUUGUGGUUGUUAUUGAAAAUGAAGUGGGUAAAACUGUUUCGAGAGCGACUAUCAAUAUAUAUAAAGCCUCAGUCCACGCGCAGCUGUCAGUGAUUGUGGUGCCCGUCGUAUUCUGUUUGGUUGCUGUUAUUUUGGUAGUCUUUGGCGUGGCCUACUAUCAACACCGUUCCAGGUAUACCAUUGAAGUGGCAGACUUCGACUUCGGACAACAAGCUAAUCUAGACUACAAAACGUUCACAGAACGACUCAGAGAUAGCUUCAGAAACGCCCUGAAUUUCAGACAGCGCGACGACACUGAACCCCUUACGUCCGAUGCUAGAUACGACUCUAUGACAUAGAGUACGUAUUGAAUUAUUUGUAAAUAUAACGGUAAUGUUGUGUGGAUACGUAGGAUUAACCGACUAAUGAUGCCUUAGAUGGUUAGCUAUUUAUAAAGUCGGUUUUGCCAAAACUUAAAAGAAUUAUAAUGUUAAAAAAAAACAAAGGUAGUUCAAUAACACAGUUUAACGGCUAACACCGUUUUCUAUUUAAAUAUUUUAUGAUUUAAAUUGUAUUUGUUAAAAAAUAAGUAAAAUAAGAUAUGUUUCAUAAAAUUUGGUGAUUAUAUAGUAACUUU